CCAACUGUUCUUGCAAUCAGCUAUAAAAGUGCUCGGAAAACUUCUUAUCGGCAGUCAGUUCUCGAACGUUAGCAAAACUCAACAGUCGCUGUGAUAGUGUAAACAAAGCACCCCCAGAGUCGCGAACAAAAAUGGCAUCGUUCAAAGCAACCAUUCUGCUAGCCGUAGUCGCUCUACUCGCUCUCGCCUCCGCCAUCCCAGCACCACAGCAACCGGCGGCGCGGCAACCCAUCGUCCCCCGUCCCGCCGCGGCCGCUCCAGCUGAUGCAGAUGACCUAGAAGCGGCAAACGAGGAUCAAGACCUGAAGGGUGCUAGCUCCUUCGGCUAUGGAUACUACGGUGGCUACCCGGGAUACGGUUAUGGAUAUGGAUAUGGAUACCCAUACGGAGGAUACUCAUACGGUUAUGGUCGCUACCCUUACCGAUACGGUGGACUGUACGGAGGAUACUGGUACUAAGUUCACAGGAAGUCGCCCAUCCCAUCACCUGAAAUGUUGUCCCAUACCUGCGCCAUACGUUUCCGGUCUCGCUACCCAUUUCUUCCAUCCCACACUUGACUCAGUGCUAUGCUUUAUCUAUUAUCUAGACAAUUGAUCUGAAGGUUUAAUACUUGGAUAAUAAUCGAUGUUUACUUGUUCGAUAAUUCCUCCUUUUUCGAGGUGAAGUUCUUCUACGUUUUCUAGUUUCUAAAAGGCAAAAGAAGUCGUCCCACUGGUUACAAUUGGUUUGUUGUAAUCAUUAUUGUUAUAUAUUAGAAAUGCUGCCAAGUUCAAGAGAAAAAGACAAAAAAAACUGUUGUAUAUACGCUCUGUAUUUUUAUAUAAAAACAUUGUUACAUA